UGAUGAUAAAGAAGAGAACCAAGUCAAGGAUGAAUAUCAUUCUAUCGUAAUUCCAAUUUUCUUUCAACCAUUUUCUCAUUCGAACUCGAACAUUUUGAAGGUUCUCGUAACACCAUUUUUCCCUUUUCAUCUCUGUAUCUUUGUCUUUCAUCUUUCGUCUUUUUUUUCGUGAUUUUUGACAUAAGGUGAAAGAGAAGGAAGAAUAAUAAUAGUAAGAGUGUGUCAGUGAGAGAGAGAGAGACUUAGAGAGUGAGUGAGAAAGUGAGAGAGAGAGAGAGAGAGUUUAUUAGAUUAUAUUGAGAUCGUUGAAAGUGUCGAGAGAAAAAAAAAAUAAACCUCCACAGUUAACGAAUGGGUUAAUUGUUGAUUCGUUUUCAGUGAUUAGUUGAUUUUCCACCAUCGUUAUCAUCACAACCAUAAUCAUCAUCCACCGGUUGAUUUAAGUGUAUCUUUCAAACUGUUAACGGUAUUGACACAUCCAUUUGAUUGAUCUAGUGUUAGAUUACAAUUUGAUAAACUUUGAUUGUCCAUCUCUUUUAUUGUGAUUUACUUGUUGUUUACUUAUGGAUUCUGGUGUCAUGGUCCCUCCACCACCUCCUCCGCCACCACCUCCAUCCUCAGGAGGAAUGGCUCCACCACCUCCACCUCCACCUCCGCCUGGGGCUAUUGGAGCGGUCAAGAUUCCAAGUUAUCGGGAGGAACUUGAAAAGAAACAACAACAAAUGCAAUUACAACAACAAGCUGAACAACAAUACGCUAAUUUACCUCCACAAUUAAUGAAUACGAUGGCGAAAGACAAAAAACCAUUUACUUAUACUCCAUUAGCAGUUGGAGACAAAGGGAAAUUAGAUUUGAGUCAAAUCAGAUCACCGAGAAUGAAGAAACGUCUAUUGGCAAAUAUGAGAGAGGGUGAAGACGAUGAGAAUAAUAAUAAUACUAAUCAGUCGACAAUUAACUCAUUAAAUGUUAACCAACAACCAGGAACAGUUGAGAGACGAGCCUACACACCGGAAACACCGAGUCUCUCAUUGAAAGAUAUGGAAACCCACCGAGCACUAACUCCAGAUCAACUACCGAUGACAAACAAUUACGAUGUUAAUAACAAUUAUCGUCCAUCAUCAGCAAAUUCACAGAAUCAGGGAAGACAAUCAUUCAAUGUAACAACACCACCGAAACUUGAUUUCACCAAGGAAUUGAUGGCUCGAGCAUCUAAUCAACAGCAAUCAAGCCCAUCAACCGGUUAUCGACCAAAUAAUCAAGGUCAACAAUCACAAAUGUCUCCAGUUGAAUUCGAAGCAGUGGUCAAUGAACAAUUAGAGGGUCUAAACACUGCCCUAAGGUCAGUUAGCCGAUCACCAGAACAAUAUAAGCCGAUCCCUUAUGGACAAACAUCACCAGCAUUUGUGACCACCGGCUGUAAAACAUCAACACCCUCCUCAGGAAACACCACAAGUCCUUUUGCUUUCGUUAACAAUUACACCAAUAGUUCACCAGCAACGGGCAAUUCAUCACCGACCUAUUCAAAUCCCAUAAUAUCAAAUAAUUACAAAGACAAUUAUAGUAAUCAAAACACUAACAAUUACGGAUACAAUUCACCGAUCAAUAUGAGCGGUAGUUCAUCAACAACACCAAUUGGCUAUCAGAAUAACAAUAACCACUUUUAUGGUAAUAGUAACGGUGGCAGAAUCGAAAGUCCAACAAACAAUCAACCCUAUUCAUCAGGCUCUCCGGUGACAAUUAAACAAGGACCUCGAACCUAUUAUUCAGUUCCACCGCCCAAGAAAAUUGAUCUACUCAGAGAGACUCAAGAAAACGAUCCGGCCGUUUAUUCAACACCGACAAAGAUAAUUGGACCUUCACUCCAAGAGCAAUGGCAAUCAAGGAAACAAUAUCAAUCACCAUCACCUCAACAACAGCAACAAUCUCAAUAUUUGGUAAAUCAACAGGCCGCUAAUCCACAGCAACGAUUUUAUGGUUCAAACGAUUUAGAUGAUGAACGAAGUGAACCAAUUCAAUCGAGAUCGUUUAGAGUUUUACAGAAAUUAACUGAAGGAAUUCAAGAUGAAUUGGAUAAUCUUAAAUUGGCUGAACAACAAACUCAACAAGAGCUUCAACAGAGACAAAGACAACCUCAAGCUCAACAACAAAAUCCACAAGAGUGGACACCACAAUGGCGUCGAACCCCGUCCGUUGAAAGUCCACAGCCUCGUUCUCAACAACAAGGGUCACCUUUUGGUCAACAAGAAAUAAUUGACCCUCGUUACAGAGGAUCAGCCAUUCCCAGUAAUUCAUUUAAAUAUCUACAAGAUAUGGUUGGAUUAACGGAUAAAGAAGCUCUUGGAUCACCAUCACCAUCAAGCUACUCGAAUCAACCUCGGCAUCAACAACAAGUAUCAUCACCAUCAUCACCAUUACCACUUUCAUCUCAACAAUUAACUCAACAACAGCAAUCAACUCGACGACAAAUUAGAACUGAAAUCGAAAUACCAAUUAUUAGAGAAAACGAAAUGGUUCCACCCUCUCAACAAACUCCAUUGAAAAGUCCACCUCAAUACACCGGCUCAUCGAUUCCUUCACGAUCCUUCCGAAUGCUCCAAAUGAUGACUGGUGAAGAUCCUUGGAAUGCUAAUAAGACUCUUCCUCCUUAUGGAACUGAUUUCUAACCAUAAUCAUCCUUAAUCAUUAUCCUUCUCCUCCUCCUCCUCCUCUUCCUCAUUCGCAUCCUCAUCUUCUUCCUCUUCUCUCUCACUCUCUCUCUCAUCAUCAUCUUCUCCUCCUUCUCCAUCCAAAUCAAUCGAUGUCUAUUUCAAAUGUUUACUUCUCAUUGUUAUCACCUUAACUCUUUCUGUCUUCAGAAUUGUCACCAUUAAGUGAAUCACUAUUACUAUUAAUACUCCAAGUGAUAAUCUUGUAUUCACACAGAUAAUUGAUCAAUAUCUCUUUCAAUGACAGCCUAUCAAUGUCAACAAUUAAUUCUGUGAUUAUUUGACACUCGGAAAGAUAAUUAAUCCAUUGGUUCAUCAAUCAACUAUUAAUUCUCAAUAUUAUUUAAUCUCUGUUCAUCUUAAUCAAUAUUAAGAUGGAUAAUCUAAUUGUCUCUCUCUCUCUCUCUUUAUGAUAUUACCUUUAAUUGUAAGAAUCUUGAAAACAAAUUAAUUGUUUAAUUCUGUUGUAAACGUAAUUGAUUCCUACUUUUCUAGGUACUUUUAACCUUAACCUUCAAUCACAAUCUAAUUUAAUUUUGAUUUAAUCAUGUUUAUCAAAAUCAGUUGAAUAUUAUUAUCAUCAACUAAUUAAUUGUUUAAAGAUAACAAUAUAUUUCCAUGUUAUUAUGUAUUGAUCAAAAGCAACUUAACUAAUUAAAACAAUUAAAUG